GAAUAAGUGUUUUCGUUUUCGUCCCCCUAAUCUCCUUCUGCCCGACAUUUCGGUUAAAUUAAUUUAAAAGACAGUAAAAUAGUGUUUUGGUUAUUCUCAUGUGAUUCAUGUAAACAUUCUCCUCCAUAAGUUGUGGUUUUGGAUUGGUGUAGUGUCCUGUCAGCAGCCCAAGUGUUAUCAAAAUGGUUUUGAAAAAGAAGGAGGGCGGAACAAGUUCCGAGUCAUCAUCCUCAAGUUCUUCAUCCUCAUCAUCAUCCACCUCAUCCUCGAGCAACGAAAACUCUGGCUCCGACUCAAGUAGCUCCGAUUCCGAGUCCUCGUCCUCCGAUCGGAAAUCCACCGAUUCCGAAACCCGUCGCUCCCGGAAAUCAGCGUCACCCAUCAAGAAGAAAACACCACCGCGCUCCAACAAGCCAGAACCGAAACCAGUUAACAAUGUCAAAUCAAAGAAUUUCCCGGCCACAAAAAUGUCAGGAAUCUACUCCUCAGAAUCGGACGAUGAUCGGUCCAAGCGGCGCCUCUCCACAUCCAAAGGUCCGAAAGCCUCCGCAACCGUCACGCCAAAUGUCUCGAAACCAGCAGCCAAACCAAAGGCCUCGGCUGUAUCAGCAGUUAACAGUAAGAAAAUCGAGUCAAAAAGGCUGUCUAGUUCUAGUUUGAAGCAUGCUGCAACCUCAAAGUCUGAGCCCAAAACGAAGACCAAGAGUAUUUUCAGUCCGGAUAACAGCUCGGAGAGUGAUAAUCAGAGUCCUCCGCCCCCGAAGUUGACACCAAUGAAGAAUGUUCCCGCUGCCUCGGCUUCGAAGAAUCUCAUCAAAUCAAAAAUGUCCAAGGCGACGCCGGUGAAAAAAGAGUCUGGUUCUGCAUCAGAAAAGUCACGCACCAGUUCUGUGUCCUCUCGCAGUUCAGUUUCCUCAGAAAGCAGCUCCGACUCGGAGGAGAGCACCCCAGCCCCGUCGGCGACCCCGCAGAAAGUCUCGCCUCCCCCGCCGAAAUCCUCGACGAGCAUCACGCCUUCCUCGGACGCGAGUCCAAAGAAAAAAGGGCGCGGGCGGCCCCGGAAAAACCCCCUGCCGCCGAGCAGCGAGGUGAAACCGGGGGCCGUUAAAAAGGCAGAGCCCAAAACGACACCGCCCCCCGCGACGACGGCGGCGGGUCCGAAGAAAGCGACGAGGUCGGGAACCACCCGCACAAGUAAGCACUUGUCAGGAACCAUAAGCAUAAAAGUGCAGAGUGACUCUGAGUCCGAUUCAGAAAAGAAAAAAUCUGCCGCAACAAAAAUGAAACGUCCUGUUGGUCGACCUCGAAAAGAGAAUGGCAAAAAAUCAAACGAAAUGUCAGCGGUCACAUUUUCAGAAGAAGAUAGGAAAUGCCCCGUGGAAAAUUGUGAUUCAUCCGGUCAUCUUAGCGGAAAGUUCGACAAUCAUUUCACGAAAGAGGCUUGCCCCGUCUAUCACAAUCUCACUGCUCAACAAUGCAAGGAAAACGCAACAAAAUGGAAAAAGGCAGAAGAUGAUAGGCGGAAAGCUAUGAUACUUCUGAAACCAUCCUCCAUGCUUUUGUCUGCAGAGCAAAAAGCUUACAGAGAGCACGUUAAAGAAGUCCGAAAAGAACUGAUUGCAGACGUAAAUGCAGAGCUACAAGAAAACAUCGUUCCUAAUCCGCUAGUUGCUGAGCCAAAGUUCAUUGCCCAGGGUGUUCCGAAGUUUGACCAUCAGCUGUUUCUAAAUGCGCAAGCAGUAGCAGCAGAAAAAAUAGAAGCAGAUUUAAAAUCUUUACCGUGCUAUAAAGGAACAAAAUUUGUAGAGAUGGGUAAAUUUGAGAUGGAAGUCUGGUAUCAGAGUCCAUAUCCUGAACAGUUUCAAAAAUUUCCAAAAUUGUAUCUGUGCGAGUUUUGUCUCAAGUACAUGUCAAGUAGGACGACAUUGAAUAGGCAUACAGCAAAAUGUGUGUGGAAGCAUCCGCCUGGACAGCAAGUUUAUAGGAAAGACAAAAUCUCAGUAUGGGAAGUGGAUGGUAAAAAGUACAAACAAUAUUGCCAAAAUCUGUGUCUGUUAGCAAAAUUUUUCUUGGAUCACAAAACUCUCUACUAUGAUGUUGAGCCGUUUUUGUUCUAUAUCAUGACCACAUCAGAUACUGAAGGCUGUCAUACCAUCGGAUACUUCAGCAAGGAGAAGAAUUCGUUUUUAAACUACAAUGUAUCCUGUAUCCUUACUCUUCCGCCCUAUCAACGGCAGGGUUUCGGAAGACUCCUAAUAGAUUUUAGUUAUUUGCUUACGCGUGUGGAAGGUAAAGUGGGCUCACCUGAGAAGCCUCUGUCAGAUCUGGGGUUGAUUUCCUACCGGAGUUACUGGAAGGACGUUCUGUUAGAGUAUUUGUGCAAUCUAGAAAACAAACAGUUAUCCGUCAAAGACAUGAGUCAAGAACUGGCGGUCAAUUCGUACGACAUCGUCAGCACUCUCCAAGCGCUGGGCAUGAUGAAAUACUGGAAGGGCAAACACAUCAUUCUCAAGAAACAAGACGUAAUAGAGGAGUAUGUUGAAAGGGUUAAGCGAAGGGGCACCAACUACAAAGAAAUCGACCCGAAAUGCCUCAAGUGGACGCCACCAUCGACCAACGACCCUUCCUAGGGCUCGCCCAAGUCCUAAUAGGACUUGGAUCAGGCCGCCAGCCGUUGCAUGAAGCCAGUGGCGAUAUUCCAAGUUGGCAACACUCUCUUCCUUCCAUUGAAAUCCAUUGAAAAUAUCGAAUUUCGGGUCGAACUAGUAAUCAAUUGUUCUACACACAUUUAAAUGGAGGAAUAACAGUGUUGCCAACUUUUGUUGUGAUAGCAUUGUGAUAUUUGUGUUCGCGUUGCUUAGAGCAAUUUUUAUCUAGUUAGCUUUUUUAUGGGGAAUAUAGAGAGCUGUUUCUUCAGGACUGCUGUAUUCAGAGGUUCUUUUCUUACUCUUUGUACGGAAAGGAUUUGUGUCAAUAGUCGAAAUCGGCGCAUCUCCGAUUAAGACGUCAUUAUUUCCACUCAAGUUCUUUUUUUUUUUUUUUUUUUUUUUUUAAAGUAACUAGCUAACUACUUUUCCUGAAAUUUUCUGUGAAUUUUCUUCACUCAUUCAAACAUAUUCGCAGGAAAUUCCAAGGAGAUGUUCUGGUUGUGUUUCUCGUAAAAUAUGCGAAUUUUUGACGGUAUUUUUAUUUGUCUAAAAUUCAGCUCUCAAGUACAUUCUCUUUGCUGUCGCUGAAUUGUAGCAGUUCUCAAACUGUAUCAUUCCGGGUGUGCUGUCACAUUUUAAUCAUCCGGAAACAAAUUCAUCAAAAUGCGAUUCAAUUUUUCGCGGUCGUGUAUUUUAAGGGAUUGAGUAUUGAAAUUUUCUCUAGGUUGUUGAAAAUCCUCAUUUGAUCUGUACAAAUCAUGAAUUGUUUAGGGUUUUUUCAACUAUUGUGAGUGUUAUUAAGUUGUCUCUUUUUUAAGAAUCCUGUUGGAUUUUUUCCACUCAUAAGAUCUCUGAUUUUCAAUUUGAAAACUUUUUUCCCGUGUUCAUUGUUCGUUCUGUCGACUUGGAGUUUUUAUUCCCGUCAACCGAAGUCCUGAAGUAAUUGUCACAAGAUCAAAAUGCGAAUACCGUUCCAGUAAAGGCAAGCAAAUAAGCCAGGUAAACGUUCAAAAUUUUGCUUAGCAAAACUAACAGUCUUAUUAGGUCUGUUAUAAUAUUUAAGAAAUAGUUUUUUUGUUUUACAAGAAAUCUUCCCAUAAUCAGAAUCAAUUCUAAUUUUCUAAAAUUUGGUCUGUUGCUGCAGCGAUUAAAAUCUCAUUUAUAUCAAUGUAAUAUUUCGCCGGAAAGCGCUUAAUCGCUUUUUAUAAAAACGAAUGCUGACAGGACGAAAAUUUGUUUCUUUUGCUUGUCAAACGUGACAUUUUUAGAUCUGUAACGACCUGUAUAAUACUUUAGCAGUCAGGUCCGUAGUGUAAGAGAACAUCAAAUCUAUGGAAACACACGUUUAAACUUAUUGUGAUUUUCCUGAUGAUUGAUACAAUCAUUCCUUCCCGAAAUAGCUAAGUGUUUAGUCUGUGGAUAUUUAUCUUUGUUGUCGCUGAGCAUUCUAGCCAACCGAUUACAAACACAUGCAGAAUUCUAUAUUCUCACUGUCCUGGAAUGAUUCGUUUAGAUAAUCAGUUCCUUAUUUGUAGCCAAAGAUGAUGAAAGAGAUUUUUAUAUUUUUCUCCUAUCUUACGUUUCUUACGUAUCGAUCGGAGCCGGACUAAGUAUCGGUGGAAAUGUUGCUGCAGUCCUCCGCAUACUCCAGCAAUAUUUUCGUUCCGAAUCUGUGUUACGUAAAUGAAUAAUAACGUAUCCGUAGGUGAAGCAAUUUAAUCACUUCUGCGGUAUCGUAUUUCAAGUACCAAUCAAUUAUUAGUGUUGAUGAGUAUUAAUAAAUUUAAUUAAUUCAAUUAAUUUAUUCAUCGGAUUUUUAUAUUUAUUUUUAAGUUCGAGCAAUCGAAUUAAUGAUAACUCUACUUCCCGACAUGGGUGCAAACCCAUUUUUUGUUUUCUCGUUUGAGUUUGUGUAGCUUUUAAAAUAGUGUAAGGAAUUAGCUUUUAAUGGAUGUAUCUCUGUAAAUUCACUAACGGUCCAGUGACGGUUUGUGAUUGUUGAAAAAGACACGAGAGUAUGAUCAUUUGAGGAAAAAUCGUAAGGGAAUUUUUCUCUUCAUAUUUUGCUUCAAUUGUGACCAAAGUACCAGCUUAGAUCAUGAAUCUUGCAUGAAAAAAAAAAAAAAACUUGUAUUUGGUAAGCAAAAGCACCUUCUUUAAGAUAAGCAUUGUAAAAAUCAACUAAAUUGUCUAUCAUACUGUUUCUUUCUAUCAUCACCUACAACCUUGUGUCAAAUUUAAUGUUUUUAUGUCCCUACAUAGAACGAUUUUUCCAUAUAAGCCGGCGCUGACACUUAAGAAUCCAGCAAAUUUUGUAUCGUUAGUCUAUUAUUUUUAAUGUUAACUCUACGUUAAAUUAACGUAGCACAACAACUCAGUACAAUUAUUUUUCUCGUGGUGCCAAUUUUAUUGAGGUUGAGGCUGUUUUUUAUAGAUUUAUCUUUCACAGUUAGACUUGGCUUACAGUGAAGGUGAAAUAGCGCUCGCUAUGGAAGGGUCAUUCGAUCGAACGAUGAAGAAAAAAAAAGCGUGUCGGUAACUAUAUUCAUACAUUUUUAUAUAUUUUGCCUAUAUAACGCUCUGAAGGCACUUCUUCAAACAAAAUGCUCAUUGCAUUUUUCCGUGACCCUAUUAGGUCCAUAUUAUUAGAAUGUUAAAUCGUUCCGUCCGAAUUUUAUGGGUUCAUUACACUGGAUUGCUAUUGCGAAUUGCUGAGAAACAUAGUGUUCCAAAACUAAAAGUCACAUCGUAAAAACAGGUCUUAACACAGUUGCUAUUUGAGCUCCGUUAGUCAUGCAAGGAGCGUGACUAAAAGUAAAUUCGUAUCUUUCCUCACGUGUACUAUAUGUAUAAAGUAGAAUGAUAUUUAUGGAAAUAUGAGUAAAGGUUAUAAUUUUACUUUUAUUUACGCGUAAUUUCACGUACCUUGCUAAUUGCAAUUAUUUUUAAUUCGAAUGAUGGCCUCAUCCUUGUAUUUUUACACCGUGUGUCAUUUCUCUUCUCCGGAGAUUGUAAUUAGUAAAUCUUUUAGCCAAUUGUGUUUGUUCCCCAGAUUUUCAUCUGGUUUUUAUGCAUGGUACAUGUAUUUUUUACUAGUUAAUGUCAAUGUUUCUUAUUUUAUGUAUCAUAUUAUUGAAAGAAUACAAAACUUCCUGUAA